GAGAGAUAGCCACGCUGAAAGGGGGAAAGAAAGCUGACUAAUAAUAAUCAAUUAUUAGCCAUUUAAUUUAUUCCUCAGCAGUAAAUUAGCCACUGCAAAAAUAACCCGCUGUAAAUAGGCGCAAAUCCUAUAAAUCAGUUCGCACCAGUCGGCGCCCCGUAAGCUAAAGCGCGUGACUGUGUGUGUGCCUGCGUGGGAAAUCACAUAUCACCGAUCAAUGGAAGUUAACCGAGCCAAAUCUGCCUCGCUUUCAGUGCGUGGACGUCUUUAGCCUGCUGACACACCGCGGAUGUUGAUUUCGCUGACCCUCAGGCUUUAUCUUCAAAGACUUUAAGGACAACCAUUUGUGAUUCCAGUGACCUUUGACCCUUGACUCCAAAGCAGUGAUGGGACGUAAACUGGACCUGUCUGGUCUGAGCAAUGAUGAAGCAGAGCAUGUGCUCAGAGUGGUACAGAGAGACAUGCACCUCCGUAAGAAGGAAGAAGAGAGGCUCAGUGAAAUGAAGCAGGAGCUGGAGGAGGAGGUUAGUCGCUGUUUGCUUCUGUCCAAGCAGCACAAGUUCAAUGAGCACUGCUGCAUCCGCUGCUGCUCUCCCUUUACCUUCCUGCUCAACCCUAAGCGCCCAUGUCUGGACUGCCACUACAACGUCUGCAAAUCCUGCCGCACCUACAGUCAGAGCGAGAGGGGCUAUAUCUGUGCCGCCUGCAAAAAGAGCAGGCUAUUGAGGACACAGUCCCUAGAAUGGUACUACAAUAAUGUGAAGAGUCGGUUUAAGAGAUUUGGAAGCGCCAAGGUGCUGAAGACCCUCUACAGGAAGCACAUCAUUGAAAGAGGAGCAUUAUCUGAGUUACCAGAGGUGAGUGCUCAUGAAGGCAGUAAUGAUAAUGGCAGUGUUUGUGAUGGCAGUGACUCCACGCUCUACAGGCAGAGUGAAGGUCCCAGCAUGGCAGACACGCUCACCGUUGCUCUACGUGUGGCAGAAGAGGCGAUAGAGGAAGCCAUUGCUAAAGCUGAGAGCUACAGAGACAGUCUGGAGAAACAGAAUGAGGCUCGCUAUUUGCGUGACCACAAGGAAGAACUUAUAGAGGAACUUGCCACAACAAUUGUUCAAAAAAUCAUUCAGAGGGGAAAACAGUCUGAAAUUCAGGCUGAGUAUGAGUUUGUAUGGCCUCAGAGUAGUGAGCUUCCUUCCCCUACCUCAACACAAAACACACACACAACGCAGCAUUCACACUCCACCUCUCAGCAUGGCGCAGUAGCACAGACCGACAGUACCAGCUCCUAUCCGCUGUGGAAGUCAAGAUCAGCAUUCUCUUUGACAAGUGACGAUUCUCCAGAGAAGGGCCCUGAGGUGGGCAUGGCCCCAGGGUUCCCGGACAGCACUGAAGUAGAGACAGCUUUCCAGAACUACUCUUCACUCAGGAGGGAGUCCAGAGCAUCAUCACUUCCUGGGUGGAAGAGUGUUGACCGCCUGGACAACUCUAGUGCGUCUUCAGUCCUGCAAUCCCCUGAUGGUAACUGGAUUGCCCUGCAGAGCUCCCAACAUUCCCGGCCUAGUCUGCUGACCAAGCGCAAGAGUCUUGUAUUCAGCGUGCUGGAGAAAGAAUCAGGUGUUGUGUCCGCGUAUGACGAGAUGGGCUCUGAUUCAGAUCCAGAGGACCAGGGGGGCUGGGGGGCUGCCCUGUUACAGUUUCGCAGACGUCUCUCCGAUGAAACGUACUAUACUGACUCUCAACACGACCCUGAAUGGACAUACACCCAACACCCACCCAUAACCUCACCUUCCUCAGGUCAGUACACUAACACUGAGACUCUGAACUCAGACUCUGAGACAUCUCCUGCCCUGUCCACUCGAGCCCGCAGAUCAGCCCACGGUAUGACACAGAAGAAGAAAGGGCUGCCUGAAGCACACCUGUAUCCACCCUACAGACAUCCUGCAAACAGUGCCACUUCACCUCUACUGAGGCCAGAGAUGCUGGAUGUGAACUUUAACCCCCAUCUGGGAGGGGACAGUAGUGAAGGAGAGGAGCAGAGCGAGCAAGUCAAAAGAUCACGGAGGCGCAGAAAGAGCAAACGCGAAACAUCAGAGCACAGCCGAACACAUAAUGCGCUUUACAGUGCUGCCACAGCGGAGAACAGUGCCGUCCUCCUCAACGCCAUGAUGAUGCAUCGGCAACAGAGCCAGGAGAGCCCAGUUCCUCUGAAUUACCAAACUCCAGACACUGUGACCCCUCCUGACCUUUUGACCACUGAUACCAUGACCCCUGAACCUGACUAUCAGAAUACAGUGGCUCACAACUCUAGUGCCCCUAGUCCACCAAUGCUGAACCAACCUGGGGCCAGCAAACCAGAGCUAAGCAUUCAGGGCCCUUUGCUCAGGGGUUCCUCUGUUAAUGAAACCCUGGAACAGAAACUGAGAUCCAAACUUUGUGAGCUAGUUGGCCAAGUCAACGAGAGGGAUGUGAUGUUAUCUGAUUUUGAGCCGAUCAUGGAAGGGGGUGACAAGCAAGAGGACCAAGUAAAGGAUAAAGAAAGUGAGAAACUGAGACCAAAGGAGAGACGUGAGAGCAAACGAGACAAGAGGGAAGGAAAAUCGAAGGACAUUGGGAAUGCGAGUGAAAGACAAACAGUUAGAGAGAUGGACACAAGUGAUGCAGUAAGACAGAUAAAUAUAGAAAGAGAAUAUAAGAGAGAUAGAGAGCGACAGAAAGAAAUUGAAAGACAAGUAGAGAGAGAGCGAGAGAGUCAAAGAGAGCUGGAGAAACAAAUCGUGAGGGACAGAAAAAGACAACGAGAGAUUGAGAUCCAGGUUGAAAGGAAACAGGAAAGAAAGAGAGAAAUGGAAAUACAGCUGAAACUAGAGCAAGAGAGACAAUCAGAGAUUGAGCGAGAGAAGAAAAGUAAAAGCAUACACAUGGAAAAAGAGAAAUUAGAGUCUAUAGUGAGUAUGGAAUCCAAGGAGGAAGAGAAACAGGAAUCCUCAGGUAGAAUAUUGGAGCGAAAAAAAUGUUUGAAGGAAAACUGUGAAACAGAGGAGCCCAUUGAGGAAAAGGUGAAGAGAACAUCUCCACAAAGAAGCCACUCAGAGACAGGGUCAGAAAAACAAGAACAACUUCAGACAAAGACAAAAAGGUCUUCAACCACAUCUCCAGACAAUGCCCCCUGUAGUCUGGAGGAGCCUAUGUCUCCAUCAGAGGAGGGUCUGAGUGAACGUGCCCUUCAGCAGAGGCUUCAGUUACUCUCCUCUCUCUUACAGCAGAAGUACUCCGCUGCAUCUUUAUGCAGCAUCACCACAGAGGUUCUGAAGGUUCUGAAUGCCACAGAAGAAUUACUUGGAGAGGCAGAAGGCAAAGGUCAUGACUCUUCACCGGCAAGCACACCCAUGUCUUCAGGCCCGGGCAACAGGAAGCUGGACCAGCACCUAACUAAAAUGGAGGAAAAUGUGUAUUUGGCUGCAGGUGCUGUGUACAGUCUAGAGGGGGCGCUGAGUGACUUAGAAGACUGUGCUCGCAGCAUCAGCAGCUCCACCACAGAGACUGAACUGGCCUUCCUAGAAGAUCAGGUGGCCACUGCUGCCGCCCAGGUGCAGCAGUCCGAGCUCCAGAUCUCAGAUAUUGAGGCAAGAAUAUCAGCCCUCAAAACUGCAGGUCUAAAUGUAUCUGCAUGCACACGGUUUUCCAAGUACAAAUCUAAACCUAUGCCCCAGACCCUGGACUUGUCUCGCCAUCAGAGGAGAAAGCUGCCUGCUCCUCCUAUCAGAAGUCUGUCAUCAGAAAAUGAAGUCAAAUCCGAGCCACAGAUGAGAUCUAUGAGGCAGUGACGAGGUCAUGUGACCUCAGUGAUUCUCAGAUAAGCUGAAUGGCUCAAUAUCACUUUGCAGUAAAUGCUAGGACCAUCAGGCUGUUCCACACCAGUGCCUUGAUCCAACUUCCGGUCCUCCAAUUUGAUCAGCCCUAUUGCUACUUGUCGACCAUAAGCCUGAUCACACCCCAUGUAGGGUUGAUCUCACUUCUGACCCCUA